AUGUCUGUAUUUACUCGAGCGAAAAAUGGUUUAUUUGGACAAAUUAAACCAAAAAAUCCACAUUCGCUUGAAAAUCUUAAAUAUUUAUAUGGUGUUCUAAGUCGAAAUCCGACUAUAUCAGAUGCUAAUCGAGAUUUAUUAAUUGAAACACUUCGAUUUAUAUCUGAAAUUCUCCUUUGGGGUGAUCAAAAUGAUACUUCAGUAUUUGAUGUUUUUCUCGAACGAGGAAUGUUAACAUUUUUCUUAAAUUAUAUGCGUCAAAAAAAUGGACAUUAUAUUUGUGGUCAAGUGUUACAAACGCUUAAUAUCCUUUUUGAAAAUAUUCGUCGUGAAACAUCUUUAUAUUAUCUUCUAUCGAAUAAUCAUGUUAAUAAUAUAAUUGUACAUAAAUUUGAUUUUGCUGAUGAAGAAAUAAUGGCAUAUUAUAUAUCAUUUCUUAAAACACUUUCACUUAAAUUAAAUACACAUCUAAUUAAUUUCUUUUAUAAUAAAACUACUAAUGAAUUUCCAUUAUAUGUUGAAGCAAUAAAAUUUUUUAAUAAUACAGAGUCAAUGAUUCGUAUUGCUGUACGAACAUUAACACUUAAUGUUUAUAAAGUGCCGGAUCCAGAUAUGCAUCGUUUUAUAUUGGAUCGUACAGCUACAGAAUAUUUUUCAAAUCUUGUAUGGUUUAUGCGAAAUCAUAUAUUAGAUUUUGAUACAAUGAUAAGAAAUAAUCAAGAUAUUAAUACUCGUGGUAAUGUAACAAGUAAACUAGAAGAAUAUCUUGAUGAUAUACAUUAUUUACAAGAUAUAUUUUUACUCAAUGUCGAUAGUCUUAAUAAUGUUCUUAAAGAACAAUUAAUGAACAGACUUCUUAUACCGGUUUAUGUAUUUUCAUUAAUUAAACGUGAUAAAUUUACUCGAGUAAAAGAUCCUCGAACGAUGCUUGAUCAAUCACCGGCUUUAUUUCUACUUGCCGAAAUUUUUCUUGUCGUUCGGUAUCGACCUGUUAUAGAAGAAUUAGCAGAUAUAAUUCUAUCAGCAGAUAUUGAAACUGUUGAAGCUGUUCAACGUCGUUAUGGCGAACAAACGACCUAUAGUUCACCACCAGCAUCUCUUGAAGUUUGUUUGGCGAAAGUUGAAUCAGUUCAGAGUAAAAUUAGCUCUGAAAUUUCAUUAAAUGCUCUUGAUAUUAAUGAUAAUACAUCUCGACAACAUCGUGAAAAUGAUCAGACUCGAACACGUUCUGCAUCAUCAUCUCCUCGACCUUCUACAGAUAAUCAACGAACAAAUGAAACAACUGUUAAACCUACAAGUUUAUAUGUUUCAAAUUGGACUGAUGAUGAAAAACAUAAACGUACUAAUGAUCGUACGAAAUUUAAUGAAACUCAAUUAGCUGAUAGGCCGUAUUUUGAAGCAUUAGUCAAAGCACUUAAUUGUGCAGAAAGUGAUCAACAAUGUUUUUAUGCAUUAAGUGUACUUCUAACCAUGACAAUGAAUACAUCUGUUGAGAGUGUUAUUUUGGAAUCCGUUUGUUUAACAGUAAAAUGUCCAGAUAAAAGUUUCUAUAAUACAAUAUUAGUUGAUCAACUUUGUGAUAUUCUUUUCUCAGCAACUAAACAAGAUUCGAAUAUUCGUCUUGUUACGCUAAGUUUAGCAAUAAGUUUAUUAAAAAAACUUGUUUACAAUGAAGAAGAAAAAGUUUCGUAUAUAUCAGAUCAUCAUUUAGCACGUAUCGAACAAGCCCAUGAACAAUCAACCGAAGAUUUAAGACGACAUUAUCGAACACAAGAAAUGUUUCUCGAUAUGUUUGAAGAUGAAUAUCGUCAGAUGCAAUUAAAUCCAAUACGAUUAGAAUAUUUAUUAAAAGAUGCAUGUAUGUUAUAUCCACCAACAACAACACCAUUAAGUGGAGUUGAAUUUAUAAAGCGUUUACCAUCGGGUGAUAUUGAACGAGCAAGAAGAUCAAUUCGAGUAUUUUUUCAUAUUCGAGCUUUGUCGUUUGAAUUACGAUCGAUUACAGACAAUGAAUUACCAUUAACAAAACCUGAAAAUUUAGUUAAACAAAAUGAUGUCCUUGAUUUGAAUAAUAGUGAUUUAAUUGCAUGUACUGUUCAUUUGAAAGAAAAAAAAGAUCGUCGUUUUCUUGUAACUGAUCCAAUGCAAUUUAUACUUAUUGAACCUGAUGUUAAAAGACUUGGCUGGGGUAUUGUGAAGUUCUGUGAUUUAAUGCAAGAUGUUGAAGUAGCAAAUGAUAAAGAAGAUACACGUUCUCUACAUAUAACAAUUCAUAAACCAGUUAGUAAUGCUUAUGUCAAAUCCAAUCCACCUAUUCUCAAUGCAAAAUUUACAUUUGAUGAUCAUAUUCGUUGUAUGACAGCUAAACAAAAUCUAAGCAAAGGUCGUCUAAGACAUUCCAACGACGACAACGACGACAUCAACAACAACAACAGCACCAACUAA